AUGGAAAUGCAGAGCCUCAGACCUGAACACUUUCGGGGGCUACUGGAGCCGGCGGGGAUCCAGACACUGCUGCCUCAGGAGAGCAAGGCCUGGAGGCAGCGCGGCACCUUCGACCAUGACUGGGUGGCUGUGGAAGUGGGCAUCAGUGACAGUGAGGACAGAGAGACUCCCAAGGAGGUGGAUUUCCCGCUGGAGUGGAGCCCUAUGGAUGAGGAUGAGGAAGAGCAGGAGGAGGCGCUGGAGGAGCACCAGGGCUUUGUGGAGUGGGGGAGAGCACCACAGCACAUGUCCAUCAUGCUGGUGGUUUGCGUGCUCUUCCUGUUCCUGGUUUUGACAGGGAUGCCCAUGAUGCUGAUGGUCUAA